AUGGCCUCCAAGUCAAAGCGCACUCUCCCUCCCUUGAAGUCUUCGGCGCAGGCGUCAUCGUCGUCUACCACCCCGCCUCCCCGAGAGCAGCCUGCUGAUGCACCUACAACAUCGCCGCCAGCAGCGAACUCGUCGGCGUCUACCCCGCCGUCGAACUUACGUUCACUAGAUUUCGAGACCACGGGCACGGAUAUCCCCACGUCGCUCACGAAGACCGCUGAAUCUGAGACAGCGCAGGGUCAGAGAGAGGAUGGAGGUCAGCCGAGAGAGCGCACGGGCGCGCGGUCGUCGAAGGAUUCAUUGUCCAGCAUUGAGCGGCGGAGGCGGAUGCUGAGUAGGGUGACCUUGGCUAUCCUGCUGUUCGCCAUGGUAGCAGAGGGGGCGUAUAUGGGGCGCGAGUGGGAGGCGGAGGAGCUCAAGGAGAAGAAGAUGACACCAGAGACGGCGCCAUCGACGCGAUGGGGACGGACAAAGGCACGAUUCUGGGAAUUCUUCGGUGUAUUCUCGGAACCGCAGUGGCCUGAGCUUCUCCCGCCGCCUCUCCCUGCACCACACCAAAAACCCUACACCCUCCUCGUAUCGUUAGAAAACCUUCUUGUUUGGAGUACAUGGGACCGUCAGCACGGCUGGCGAACAGCAAAACGUCCCGGCGUGGACUAUUUCCUUGCCUACCUCUCACAAUUCUAUGAAAUUGUAGUGUUCACGACAGAUCCUAGUUAUACCGCAGCGCCUAUAGUCGAGAAAUUAGACCCAUACAAUAUGUUCAUAACGUAUAAACUAUUCAGGGAGGCAACGCGCAUGGUUGACGGUGUCGCUGUCAAGGACCUGUCAUACCUGAACCGGCCACUUGAGAAAGUAAUACUCCUCGACACACACCCUGAACAUGUCAAGACGCAUCCGGAGAACGCGAUUAUCCUGAAGCCGUGGAAGGGCGAAAAGGGCGACAAGGGAUUGAUUGCCAUGAUACCUUUCCUCGAAUCCAUAGGAAUCUACAAGCCGCCGGAUGUGCGCCCGAUCCUGCAGGCCUACGCCGGGAAGGACAUCCCUAUCGAGUACGCGAAGAAGGAGGCGGAAUUGAAGGCGAAGCAUGUCGCCGAGUGGAAGGAGAAGCACAAGCAUGGCGCUGGGGUGGGGGCGUUCAAGCUCAGCAAUUUGUUCGGAGGCAGCUCGAACAACACCUCCCCCAUCCCGCCUACGUACCUCGAGCAAAAGCGCGCAGAGGCGCAGGCGAUCUACAAGGAGGAGCAGGCGUACAUCGCGUCGCACAAGGAGGAGUUCGACCGGCUGCUGGAGGAGGACAGGAAGGCGAUGGCGCGGGAGAUGAGCGGGAGCCUGUGGGGCGCGAUCGGGAAGAUGGCGGGUGUGCCGCCGCCGCCGAUGUCGGAGGAGCAGGCAAAGCAGUCGCAGGCGGCGGCGCAGGGGCAGAUUGUGCCCGUACAGGAUGGUGCAGCGAAGGCGUAG